AAUUUAAACUGCUGGAAAAAGCGGUUGUUGUGUGUUCAACGUAUAAUGUCAACGGCUUCGUGACACGGUAAUGAUAUAUUUUCGUCGAAGAAAUAAUUUUUCGAUAAUAUCAGUGAAAAUCUAAGAUAGAAAUGUAUAACAUGAAUUAUAUUAUCAGAUUAAUAAUUAAAGAUCUAAUAAAGUGAUAUUUAUAACGAUACGAAUUGUAAGAACGAAAUAAUCGAUAGAAAAUCGUUACAAAUUAAGCUGCGUGGUUCGUACACAUAUGACAAAAUAUCUUAAUUUUCUUUAAACAAGUUCUACAACAAUUUAAAGAUGACUGCGUCGUUAUCGUUGCUCGCAAGCCACGAUGAAGUGGUUCGAUGUACAAAUGUAUUCGUAAAUGGAGCUUGCGAAGAAGAAUUUUUAAAAUUUGCUAUAAAUCAAGAAGAAAUGAGACAAAAAUGGUUAGCAUCUAUACAAGAAUGUCAACGUCUUCAUACAGCUUUAGAAAAAGCUCAUCAAGAGGCAGCUGAUUUAGAUAGAAAAUUAAGUCAUGCUAGAAGACUUCUAGAUGAAGAGAAAAAAAGAAGACGUACUGUUGAAGAACAAAGAAAUUCAUUGGAAAGACAAAUUGCCAUGGUUAGAGAUCUUUUAUUUAAUGAUGGUGGAAGAAAUUUAAAUGAUGAAACUCGUGAAAAAUUACAAUUUUUAAAUAAUACUACAUUAAAUGGUCGACAUAGUAAUAUACAUAUUAAAGAUGUUCAUCAAAAUGAAAAAUUAAAUACUAUAGCGGAGCUGGACUCCACUGGCUCUAUUUUAAGUGACUUAAGUUGUUUCUCAAAAUCAGAAGAUGAUUUAGAUAUUAGUGCAAUCAUUCAACAAAAUCAAAAAAAACGUGAAUGGAAAGAGCAUAGACCUAGUGGUGAAUAUUCCGCAAAAAAGAGACGUAGUGGAACACAAAAAACCACAGAAUUAACUUCAUCUGAUAGAAUAGUAGCCACAACUACAGUAGUGGUGCCAAAAGAUGGCAAUAUCACUGCAUCUUCUGUAAUUGAAGCUAUACCUGGGGAUGAGAAUCAAGAUCCACAGGGUCCUUUACAUAAUUCACCUAAAAGACGUAAAAGUGGUGAUCGUAGUAGAUCAAAAUUAACACCUCUUAAUACAAAUGAAAUACAAAUUGAUACUGCUCCGUCUGCACCAAAAAUAGAAGCUCUCACAUCAGGAUCAGAUUCUGAAGGUAUCUUUAAACCUAGUCCAAAUAUUGGAGGAUAUACUUUAAAUACAAAAUCAGCUAGAGGACAUAGUUUUAUAGCAAAGACAGUAAUUAAACCAGAAGUUUGUACACCCUGUGAUAAAAGGAUUCGUUUUGGAAAAAUAGCUUUGAAAUGUAAAGAUUGUAGAGCUACAGCUCAUACAGAAUGUAAAGACUUAGUGCCAUUACCAUGUAUACCUACUGGAAAUACACCUACAUUACGUGGCACAUCAGGAACAAUAGCAGAUUAUACACCUAUGAUUCCACCAAUGGUACCAUCAUUAGUUGUUCAUUGUAUUAAUGAGAUAGAAUUAAGAGGAAUGAGUGAACAAGGACUAUAUAGAGUAAAUGGUGGUUCAGCAGAAGUAAAAUAUCUAAAAGAAAAAUUCCUUAAAGGCAAAGGUGCCCCUAAUCUUUCUGACGUUGACAUUCCUACCAUAUGUUCUACCCUUAAAGAUUUUCUUAGAUCAUUACGGGAACCGUUAAUUACUGUCGGAUUAUGGGCAGACUUUGUUCGUGCAACUACUAUUACUGAUAAACAAGAUGCUGAUGCUGCUUUAUACCAAGCAAUUUCAGAAUUACCUCAACCUAAUAGAGAUACACUUGCCUUUUUAAUUUUGCACUUGCAAAGAGUAUCAAGCAGUCCAGAAUGUAAAAUGCCAAUAAGUAAUUUAGCUAAAGUUUUUGGACCUACUUUGGUGGGUUAUAGUUCUCAGAAACCAUCACCUACUUCUCUUCUUUCCGAAACGAAUAAUCAAGUUGCUAUCGUAGAAAGUUUAUUGAAAAUUCCCUCAGAUUAUUGGGCAAAUUUCGUCAAUCCUGAAAACAUACAUAAUAUUGGUACUCAUAAAACUGGUGAAUUACAACAUACACCAUCUCAGGAAUCUUUACUUAAACGUAGUAUUUCCCGUGGUUUCUUUAAUACUCCGCUUGCUUCUAGUCGAUCAUUUAUGAGAAAAAAUAAAAAAUAUUUUGGGACAUCUCCCUCUAGAGUAGCCUUCUAAUGAUGUGCAGUCUAUCAAGAGUUUUGUGCAAUAUCGUUUUUACUAUGCAUUCCUUU